GGUGCGGCUGGUAACUGGGGUCGAAAAGUGAACUGCGUAGUCGGCGGAUGUGUCUCUGGAUUUAGCAGUCGCAGACGUUGAGACGAAGCCUGGAGCAGAGCAGAGAGCUGAGUGAAGGCCGUUUCGGCAUUGAAGGACAAAGAUAGCCAUAUCUGUUCUGUAGUUAAUUUUAUAAGUAAAUUGAUAAGAUAUUUGUACAGCAUUUGCAUAUCUAAUCAUGGUAUUUGUGCUUCAAAAGUUUGAAGACCCUUGGCAGUUACAACAGUUAUCCAGUAUACAAUUACUACCUAAGUUGGGUCUGAAGUUUGAGCUCUAGGAAAAAGGUUAUUUGUUAUAAGAAAAUAUAACGUAAGACAUAUACUUGACAGAUAUUGAUCUUGCAUCCAUAAAAAUUUAUUCAUUAACAUGGCCAACCCUAAAGUUGUCGUCGUCGGCUCCUGCAUGACUGAUCUUGUCAGCUACACACCUCGGCUUCCAAAGCCAGGGGAAACAAUCCACGGACACCGUUUCAGUGUGGGUUUUGGUGGAAAGGGUGCAAACCAGUGUAUUGCUGCUACUAGACUUGGAGCCACAACAGCAAUGGUUGCCAUGGUUGGAGAUGAUUCAUUUGGGCAAAAUUAUUUACAAAACUUCCGGGACAACAAUGUCAAUAUUUCUCACGUUGGAGUGACAAGUGAGGCAGCAACUGGUGUGGCACCCAUUGCAGUUGAUGAUGCAGGGGAAAACUGUAUCAUUAUAGUAGCCGGAGCAAAUUUAAAGAUGACUGCUGCAGAUGUACAGAGAGCUGAAAAAGUGAUAAAGGAGAGUGCUGUGGUUGUCUGUCAAGGAGAGAUCACCACCGAGGCCACACUCGCUGCGCUGACAAUGGCACGCAAACAUAAUGUCAAAACUCUGAUGAAUGCUGCUCCGGCUGAUGCUAGUUUGGACAAGGCCAUCAUAAUGAACUCGGACAUAUUUUGUGUAAAUGAAAGUGAGGCUGAAGUUUUAACCAGAGUUGAAGUAAAAACAGUUCAGGAUGCCCAGCAAGCUGCCAAGAUACUGUUGUCACAUGGGUGUGGUAGUGUCAUCAUAACACUGGGAAGCGAUGGGGCUUUGUACUCGACAGUCGAUGGCCAUAUUAAAGUCCCUGCAGAAAAAGUAACUUCUGUCGAUACAACUGGUGCUGGUGAUGCUUUUGUAGGUGCUCUGGCAUAUUACCUUGCCUACCAUCCACACCUCUGCAUGAAGGAUAUGUUGCAGAGAUCAUGCAAGGUGGCUACUAUUUCAGUGCAAGCUCCAGGCACUCAGAGCAGCUAUCCAACUAGGGACAUGCUAGAUAGGAAGUUAUUUGCUUGAUGAGAAGGACCUGCAACACUUACACGCAAGAGUGGCGUGUCCUCCGUCUAGGGAAGAAAGAAGUGGAGUUUAGUAGAUACGUGAUGGCCAGUCUUCAACACACUAAUGUGCUGCUGGUAACACUGCUAAUGAUCACAUAGUUCAAUAGACAAACACAACAUUAAGACACUAAAGGAUAGGAAAGCCACACCAUUGCAAAGUUGCAAGGCAUAAUCCAUAGCAAAAAAGAAAAUAAACGAGGUACAAAUAUAAGGUUUAGUGUUUCAAUACCAGAGGCGGCAUUUUUUAAUUAGAUUUCUCAAAGUGCUAUUUUUAAGGCUAAAAGGAACCACAAAAAGUCUACUGAAUAUUUAUAUAAAGUAUACAUACAAUAUCUUGUUUUUCUCGUAAGAGUAAUAAUACUAAAUAUAAUUUGCAAACUGGAGGCAGACACAGUGCAACCUUUUGAUAACCAAAAUCCCUAAACUGUUAUUAACAAAUGUAUUAAAUCUGAACUAUACAGUAUAUAACAAGAGUAAAAUCAUCCUAGUUCAUUACUGUGAUGGCUAAAUGGGAUAACCAACUCUUCCUUUCAGUAUUUAUGGAUACAACAUAGAGUGAAUACUUCACUGUUUUCAAGUAAGCCCCGUGAAUAUGAAAGAGAGGACUUGAACCAAAGAUACAAUUAAAAACUGAAUGCAUAAGUAGGGUUUUUUAACGAAGUGCAUAAAGAAAGAGAAAAAAGUAGUGUACAAGCAAAAAGAAGAGAUGAGUGAGGAAAUACAAAGUUGAAAGACAAAAUAUGUUGUAAAAUGACAUGGAUUUAUGAACCGAGAGUGGGAGACACGACACUAGACAGAAAAAGUUUUACAUAAACUGUAUAUGAUACCUUCAAAAAAGGUAUACAGUAUACUAUAUUAUAAUGUACUGUAUUUAGCCAUUUUUGGGCAAUGAAAAUAUAAAUGAACACAGCCUACUUAUAUGUAUAGUAUAUGACCAUAAACUGUAUAUGGAUAUAAAAAUAUAUAGUAUAACAUGUCAACACUUGUUUUGUUCAAUUGUUGAUAUACUACAUACUUUCUUAUCAGUAUAUUUCGCCUCAUCCACAUGCCUAAAAACUUAGUAUAUUCAUAAUGAAGCAUACAUCUACUACACAUACCUGUAGUAAAUACCUGGAGUUUAAAUGAAAACCUAGGAAAUGUCCCUUGUAAACAAUGCAUAAUAAAAAAUAAAUUCAUGAAUUCAUGGUUAAAAUGAAGCUUUUUUUCCAU